CCGGCGGGCGCCAGGAGGCGGCGGCCCGACCCCGGCCCAGCCUCGUCCCGCCCGCCCGCCCGCCCGGCCCCGAUCCUGACCCCGACUCAUCCGACUGGCCCGCCCGGCUCGCCGUGGCCCCGCCCCGGCCCCGGCACCUCCUGAGGGAGAGGCGCCGCCGGCCGAGCGCAGGCCCGGCCAUGACCGACUUCAAAUUGGGCAUCGUGCGGCUCGGCCGGGUGGCCGGGAAGACCAAGUACACACUGAUAGAUGAGCAGGACAUCCCGCUGGUGGAGGGCUACUCCUUUGAGGCCCGGAUGGAAGUAGACGCAGAUGGAAAUGGUGCUAAGAUAUUUGCAUACGCCUUUGACAAGAACCGAGGAAGGGGGUCGGGAAGGCUCCUUCAUGAGCUGCUGUGGGAGCGGCACAGGGGGGGCAUCGCCCCCGGGUUUCAGGUGGUGCAUCUCAACGCUGUCACUGUGGACAAUCGCCUGGACAACCUGCAGCUGGUGCCGUGGGGCUGGCGGCCCAGAGCCGAGGAGACCUCCAGCAAGCAGAGGGAGCAAAGCUUAUACUGGCUGGCGAUUCAGCAGCUGCCCACGGACCCCAUAGAGGAGCAGUUCCCCGUCCUGAACGUGACCCGGUACUACAACGCCAACGGGGACGUGGUGGAGGAGGAGGAGACGUCCUGCACCUACUAUGAGUGCCAUUACCCGCCCUGCACGAUGAUCGAGAAGCAGCUCCGGGAGUUCAACAUCUGCGGGCGCUGCCAGGUGGCGCGCUACUGCGGCUCCCAGUGCCAGCAGAAGGACUGGCCAGCCCACAAGAAGCACUGCCGGGAGAAGAGGCGCCCCUUGCAGCAUGAGCUUGAGCCGGAGCGAUGACCGGCCGGUCAAGUGGCUUCUCAUCUCCCCGGGCUGCGGGCGCGGCUGGCGGCUGGACCGGGGCCACCAGGGGGGCUGCACCUGCACCUGCCCCUGCUCUGCCACCGGAGGCCCCCCCCGCACGCCGCGGAGCAGAGACAGCUGGGAGGCCCCCCGGGACGCUUCUCAUUAUUUAUAUGUUAAUAUGUUUGUAAACUCAUGUACAGUUUUUUUGGGGGGGAGGCAGCGGGAGGGUUAGAAAGUACAAAUAGGGUCAUUUGCUGUAACACUCACUUUCUGGGCGGCUGAGCCGAGGAGGGCGGCCCACCCGGGCUGGGGCAAAGUAAAGGGUGGGACCGCCCGGC